AUGUCGCUCUUCUCUCUGAACGCAUCAUCGCUGCCGGUGCCGGCGUUAACGUGUUCACAGGAGUGGGGUGGUGCCUCUACAGGUGUCUCGCUCCCGAUAACACCGCCGUGUGUCGCACGUCGCAUAUUGCCUCUCUUCCCGGUGCCGGGCUGUCACGUGUACGACGCCUACCGCAACUGCUUCCAGUACCGGCCAGAUGUGCAACGGAAGCUCAUCGAAGCAGCGCAGCGAUUUGAGAGACGCCGGCGGCACCGCACUGGCCAAAACGCCGGAGACAGCGCCGCUGCAACUGUGGAGGCGGAUGCGGCGGCGCUGAGCAAGGCAGACGUAGCAGUGGAUCGCAUGUCUUGUCGUUGCGCACUGGAUGCGACGAAGCUGUUUGCCACCCUAGAGGACAUGCCGAACCCGCCUCUGCCGCUCUCUCGCUGCGAGCUGCACGAGGUCCUUCUCGCGCUACCGCCAUCCUGGCAGAACUACCCGUGGCGGCUGUGCUUUGACACCGCCACCGACGGAUUCAGCCUCUCCAGCCUUUACCGCCGCAUGGAGGUUGUGGAGGCGAAGCAGUCGCAAGUAAAAACCGUCACUUUUGGGCUAUUCUUUGCGCACUCUCGCGAGGAUGCCACGCGGCUGAACGCGAGUCUGACGGACAGCCUCUCGGCCUCGUCGGCGAAAGCUUCUUGUAUUAUGUCGCCAGGGAUCAGCGGCACGCCUCAUUCAUUUCGUGAGGCGCACCGCCCUAGAAGAAUGCGGCACGGCGCUGCCCACGACACGCCGCCGCACUGUGUGCUUGGCUGCUUUACUCCUGAAGUGCCGUGCCUCGGUCGCCACACCGCUAACAUAUACUUUGGCUCCCCCGAUACGUUUGUCUUUCGGCUGGAUCAGCUGAGCUGCACGCCGUCACGUGGGGCGUGGAUGGCGACGGAUAUGAAGAGGCGGCAGCAGCAAGAGGAGCAACAACACCCGCAGCGAGGUAGUAACGUAGCGGAUACAUUGGACAGUGAAUCUCUGAAGCGCUCUGCAGCUGACCCUCACACCAGUGCCUCGGGCACUGCCGCCACCGCACUCGCUGCCGCACCAGCCUACGGUUACGCUAGGCUCGCCGUCGCCGAUGACGGCGAUGCAGGAGUGCCGGUGCCGAUGCCGAGCCGGAUGACCAUUGAGCACCCCUUGUGCCCGACGCGCACUGCCGAGAAGCCGACGAUGAACUCGGCGCUACUUCUGUCGGCAAGCGAGCCAGCACUGUUGCGGAAUUCAUCGCCGCCACGGACAGACCCUGUUUCACUAGGCCACGCGGUUGGCAUAUCCAGGGCCUUUGACGCCCCUGGGGCCGUCUUUUCAUCUCCGGAGAGUAGACGGCGUUGGCCGCUACGCCCUGCGCGGCCGGCUCGAGUGGUGCCGCUGGCACCACUGCUGGAGAAGUUUACCUGGUGCGGCCACGCAAAUAAUAAACGAUUCGUCGUCUGCAACUCGCACUUCUUCGCCAUUGGCGGCGGCAAGAACGGCGCGGCGUUGUACGUUGAUGAGACGCUGCAAUACGGCACGAGCAGCCUCUGGUGCGAGACCUUCAAUGCACCGUGUCUCUUCAACCCGCGCGUGGGCGGUGCCAAAGCCUCACCCGCUUUGUCGUCGAUACUGUCGUUCAGUUCUGGAGACAAUGGCCCCUGCGACGACCACAUCACUGCUAGGGGUGGAUCUGCGCGCCUGACCAGCGGCCUGCCGCAUAUUGAGUUCACAAUCAGCCGCGUUGUGUGGUUCAGCCUCACAGAAGACAAGCGGAAUCGCCGGACCAUGCGUGCAAUCGAUGCAUUGCUGACUUGUGAGGAGGCGCAGCGCUGCGGCUGUGGGCGUUGUGGCGGGGAUGGCGACAAUGACGCCACCUCUUUCGAUCCGCUGUCGACAGCCGCGACGAUGGCUGCGGUGCCGCCAUCCGCCUCGACGUUUCUACACCGUUGUGAUUUGCUACCGUGUGCGGUGCCAGUGUGA